ACAUGUUUUCCUAGCUAGCAUUGAUUGACCUAUGACGGAUAGCAGAGCACUACCUUUCAGCAGACUGUUGGCAAAUGUAUCUCUUUGAUGAAAGGUGACCAAAGGAAUUCAUCAAUGAACCCUUUCUAGGCUACGCAGAUGGGACGAUAUUGGGCACCCCGUGGGCUAUGCCGAAAACUGCCUCGGCUCAUAGGGCUGACGGUCCUUCUGUCGCUUGCUUUUGCACUUUUAGCCCAGCCUCUUUUAGCAUCGGACGUAGAAUUUUGGCAGAAGUUGCAAUCACAGGAAACCGUAUCCUUGGGAGGCUCGGUUUGGAAGUGGAGCAGUGAUGUGCAGCCACCUCUGUCCAGUAAUGUCACUAUCGCUGGACCAGGUUCUAUUUUUAUCACUGCGCAAGGCGUAAUCGUAUCUGGCCUAGGCAGCAAUGUGGCGCUGACUCUCCGUGAUGUUACGCUCCAGCUGGCUGCCGUCAACUCAACCUUUUCAGGCCCCAUUCCCGCCAUCAACGGAAGUGGUUUAUUCUUAAGCCUCAUAAAUGUUACGCUGAUAGCACCCUUCCAGUCGUUGGCAACGGUGUCGGGUUUCUGGAACGCAUCUGAGCUUCGCAGCAGCCUGGUGAACAUGACCACAGCUACAAAUGGACUUUCGCUGGGUACGGGUCCACAGCGCCUGCUGUCGUACAGUACGGCAGGUGUCCGCAUCAGCGACCUGCUGCUGCUGCCCAGCGACACCCGGCCCCAGGCGGUGGCUUGCUACGCCGGCGGCGUCCCCGUGUACGACUCCGCCUCCAUGAGGGCGGCCCUGGGCGACACAAGUGUCACCUCCGUCUUCGUUUACCAGGACAUCCUGCUCAGCCCCACCGACUUCACCUACCGCAAACCCGUCACCAUCACCGGCGGCCGUACCGUGUCCGUGUACGGCUGCCCCGGCACCGCCAUCGACACCAACUACAACCACACCCGCGCCGGUAUCACCGUGGGGGGCGUCGUACACACCGCCAACAGCAGCACCCCCAGCCUCGGCUCGCUGAGCUUCAGCAACCUCACCUUCACCAACGCCCCCGCCCUCAACCAGCUGCUCUGGCCGCACCGCCUGGCCGCCAUCCUGGGCCUGGUGGACGUGACGCUGUACGGCGCCUGCUCCCUCGCCGCCGUCACCAUCUCCACCCCGGACGAGCAGGACCUGGCCACCUACCUCCCCCUCAUCACCGGCUCCUCCGGCACUGCUGCCACCGGCACCAGCAGCAACACCAGCACCAGCAGCAACACCAGCACCAGCAGUGAGCCGCUGUUCUCCACCCUCAACUCCACACACACCCGCAUCACGCGGCUGCGGCUCACCGGCGACGCCGUGUGGCCGCCCUCGCCCGGCAUCCCCGCGCCCGCCGCUGCUGCUGCCUCCUGGACCUUCUCUGAGGUGCUGCUGGUGAGCUCGGCGGAGAGCAGCUGCGCGCCGCGGGGGGCGGCGGUGGGCAUCAAGGUGUCGUCAGGCUCGCAGCUGCGGCAGCUGAUGGGCGACGCGCUGAUGCCGUACCUGGAGAUUGUGAACGACAUCAGCUUGGUGGCGGCGGAGUGGCCGCCCGAGGCGAGCGGGCCAGAGGGCGGGCAGGUGUUUGUGAACGGCAGCAAGGAGGUGUACGCCUGCCACCCCACACCCGGCAGGCGCUACUCGGUGGACUUCGGGGACCUGGGGCAGGUGGUGUUUGUGUUCGGCACACUGCGAUGGCGCGGCAGCCUGCUGCUGACCCACCCGCGCGCCUCCGCCCGCCGCGCCUGGCUGUACCUGCUGGUGGGGGCGCUGAGCGUGGAGACGGACGGCGUCAUCUCCUUCGAGGGGGUGGAGAUACAGUCCUCCGUGCCCUCGCCCUUCACCAACGCAGCAGACCCCUACUGGAGCACGGCAUGCGGCUCGCUGUGCCCCUCCUUCAUACCCAACACAGCGGACUACCGCAACGUGUCGUACUAUGACGCGUUUAUUUACGACUACAAGUUCAGGAAGACGGAUUGGGUGGCGGUGUCGCAGGGGAGGAACAUCACGGGUACCGGGUUUUGGGGCUACACGGAUGUGGCGCUGACGUGGCGUCCGCCGCCGCCUCCACCACCCCCACCGCCACCGCCCUCGCCUGCACCUUGGCCCCCGCCGAACUCCAGUAUCUUGAGCGCGGUUGGCGAGGGGAGGGAGAGGAGGACGCCGGUGGCCGCCAUUGCGGUUCCCGUUGCGGUUGGCGGUUCGUUGGUGGUUGCAGGCCUACUCGCCCUCCUGCUGUGGACCAAGCAGCAGCGACGUGCUGCCACCUCCAAAGUCCCGCACGGCGCUGCCGGCGACAGCGGCAGCGACCCCGCUGGCAAGGAGGCAGCAGCAGCAGCAGCCGGCGGCGGCGGCGGCGCGGGCAAGGUGUUCGCCACGCACUCCGGCGCCAGCCAGGUGUCAGCCACCGGCGGCGGCGGCGGCGGCGGGGCUGCUGCGGGCGGCAGCGGCGGCAUCUCGGGGGGCCCGGGGGGCAGCUCCUCGGGCGGGGUCAGGGAGGAGGAGCCGGGCAGGCAGGCGGAGGGCGCAUGCGGCACCGUGGGUACGGCAUCCACCUCCGCCGCCAACCCCACCUUCACCUUUGCCAGCAUGCGGACCAGCGUGCAGUCCGGCAGUGCGCCCACGGAGGCCCGCAUUGAGAACAUGCGUCGCGCCAUCACCUUCCAGUCGGUGUUGGCGGGCUCGCAGCGCAACGAGCAGAUCGCCCUCAUAGACCUGCUGGGGGAGGGCACCUUCGGCAAGGUGUACCGAGGCUUGUGGCGCGGCACCACGGUUGCGGUGAAGACCAUGGUGCUGCCCAACAAUAUGAGCGGCAAGGAGAAGCGCGAGAAGAUGGCGGUCAUGGAGACCGCCAUCUCCUCCUCGCUGUCGCACCCAAACAUCGUGCAGACCUACACCUACGCUGUGCUGCCGGUCAAGGGCGAGACGGGCGCACUGGACACGCCGCUGGGGCCGGGUGCGAGUGUGACGCUGGACAGCACCAGCGCCUUCACCGCCCACCCCCCCGCUUACCCGGGAGGGGCGGAGCAGGCGGGCAACGUGCACAGCUGGGAGGUGCGGCUGGUGCUGGAGUACUGCGACCGGGGCUCCCUGCGCGACGUGCUCAGCAGCACCCUGGCAGCGGCAGCGGCGGCAGCAGGGGGAGGGGCAGGGGCAGGGGGGCCAGCUGCCCCGGGCCCCGCCGCUGCCGCGCUGCUGCCGGCUGUUGGGCAGGCGG